GCGCGAUAUGGUCACCCAUGUUGGAGGCGAAAUUAGGCGACUGAGAGACAGCAUGGGGAAGUUCUGCGAGGGCGCCAUCGAGGGCGCCAAAGCAAUAGCCGCUGUAGAGGGUGAAGCCAUGACACGUAAAAAGCCUGUCAAGCUUAAAUUCCCAGAUGCAUACGGGGGAAAGAAGGAGGAGAAUUUUGAUAACUGGGAGGCAAGCGUCAAUAGCUAUGUGUACUUACAACACAUCUUGACUGAGGAGCAAGUCCUAGUCGCCUUCCAGGCCCUUAAAGAUGAAGCGGCCAGUUUUGCCAGAUCUCUUUCGCGCGCAGCCAAUUGUGAAAACAACAUGGUUGCAUAUUCUAAGAUCACCACCCUUCCUCAAUUCUUCAAAGUCCUGAGGGAGAGAUUUGCUGACCCAACGAGAGGCGUUAGAGCCUCUUACAAGUUACAGACGAUCCACUCGCGACAGUGGAGGAGUGCAAGAGCACUCAAGGGCCUUAUGGACGACUUGGUAGCCGUCCCGGACCAUGGGGUCACUGAGCCCCAGUUGGUCCAAUUGUUUUAUCGUGCCAUGCCAGAGCCCCUGCGUGGGCAUUUCUUUGAGAGUUACAUUAGCCGUAGGGCGCUGGAGAAGUUGAGGCUAGGAUUAAAAGUCCAAAAGUUGGCAGACCCCAUAGUCAGUGUUCUCGCAGACAACCGCACGAUACGAGUUGAGGACUACGUAGAGGGAGCCCAGUCGUACUUUCGCCUAGAGAAAGAUGGGAAGGUGGAGAAAGUUCUCCAUUCCUUGACUCUCCUCGUUCAGGAUGACCUUCCUUUCGACAUGGUGUUAGGAAUGGAUUGGGGAGAGGCAGCAGGGCCCACACUCCACUUAAGAGAGCAUGAGUGUAGGCUCCCUAGUCCGUCAGGCGAGGUUAAGACUGCCCGCCUGUUUCAUGUGUCAGGUGUAGAUAACACCUUGGCACAUUGUUGUCUCAGUGCUCCCGCAUUCGCGCGACUAGUGAAAAAAGAGCAGUUAGAGGAUCAGGUCUUCGUAGUGUAUGUGAGGCUUGUCACUGAGGCUAAGGAAGGAGAUAGUUCCACAGACCCAACCAUUGCCAAGCUGCUGGAGGAAUUCAAAGAUUUGACUAAGUCGCCGAUAGGAGUAGUGUCGCGACCCAUCCAGCACAGGAUAGAGAUAGAGCCUGGCAGUAGGACUCCUAAGGGAGCAGUCUACAGGAUGUCCCCUAGAGAGUUAGAGGAGCUACGCAAACAGUUAGACGAGCUCCUCGAGAAAGGUUGGAUCAGGCUCAGUUUGUCUCCUUCUGGAGCACCUGUCCUGUUUGUCUCCAAGAAGGAAGGAGAGCUUCGUAUGUGUAUAGACUAUAGGGGUUUGAAUGCGAUUACUGUGAAGAAUGCUGAACCGCUGGAUCAGGUGCAGGGUUGCCUAGCUAACUACUAUAGGAAGUUCGUGAGGAACUUCUCCACUAUCGCCGCUCCCUUGCGCAGGUUGCUAAAGAAAGAGGCAAUCUGGCAAUGGGACAAAGACUCUACGUCUGCGCUAAAGAAGUUAAAGCGCGCAUUGAUAGAGUACCCUGUCCUCAAAGUAGCUGAUCCGUCUUUGCCUUUUGUCGUCACCACGGACGCAAGUCAGUAUGGUAUAGGCGCCGUGUUACAGCAGGAUGACGACAAUGACUAUAGACCCGUAGAGUUCAUUUCAGCGAGGAUGCCCUCGGAGAAGGUAGCCACCUCGACGUACGAGAGAGAACUCUACGCUCCCAGGCAGGCUUUAGAGCACUGGAAGCAUUAUCUGCUUGGGAGGCACUUCAAAGUCUAUUCGGACCAUGAAACGCUUAGAUGGCUAAAGACCCAGGCCAAGAUGACACCUAAGUUGACUAGGUGGGCCGCUGAGAUAGACCAAUAUGACUUUGAGCUCAAACCGGUCAAAGGCAAGUACAAUGUAGUUGCGAAUGCUCUAAGUAGAAGAUCAGACUACUUUGGAUAUAGGGAAGGACCUGCAAGAGAAAAUCAGACAGGCGUGAUGGGAGGGUUCCCAACAUCACGAUGGACUCCAGUUUUCAUGUUAUUCGAUGCUGUGGGGCGGCUAUCCGGCAUCUCGGUUGUUGGAGAAGGGAAUGAUCUGAUUGACGAGAUUGGGGGCUGGGUUCUGACUACGUGUAGCAGUAGUAAGACAAAAGGAAGAGAGAGUGAAAGCCCCCAUCUUGAGGGACCCGCGGAAAUGGGCGAUGCAAAGGCUUUUGUGGCCUUAAAGGCCCAACUGGAUGCAGUCGUAGAGGAGGAUAAACCAUUGUUCCCAACUCUCUACGAGAAGGCACUGGCAAAGGAAGAGAAAGCCGAGGAGGAAAAGCGAAAAACCGUUGUUGCAAACCAUGAGGUUGUCCUCAAAACAGUCUCCUCCUUGCCUGACACUGAGGUCAAGAAGGAGAUAGCCGCAUAUGUACGUUCUCUUAUAGAUUGUCACCUACUCAGUGACAUCGCUAAACAGAUCACAAAAAAUUCAGCAGAGAUAAGUGAGCUACGGGCAGAAAUGGCCGAAAUGACCAAAGAGCACAAGGAUGAAAUGCGGCAAAUGGCAAAUCUGCAGAAGGAUCAAAUUCCUAAUCCUCUCCCUCUACCUCCUGCCUCCAAUGCUGCUAACCAAACCGUCCUCACUCCUCUCCAUYCCUCUACUUCUUCUCAAAGUGUGGUUCCAUCGGGACCUGCGGUAGGUGCAGAUACUGUUGCCGCUACGACAAUUGACGACGCAGGAAAUUCUGCAAUUGCUGCAGCCUCGAGUUCAGAAACAGCAAUUGCUGGUGCCGGCUACAGCAGUCCCUAUGUGGACGGGAAGGCAGUUCCCAUACCGUCUAAGUACGACGGCAAAAAAGACAUCGAGUCCUGGAUCAGCUCCAUGAGAGCUUACUUUGAGGUGCUGGGAACUCAACCAGUGAGCCAGCCCUUGAUCAUGGGGACCAACGUCGAGCCCGCCGUACGAGGCUUCUUAGAAGUCCAAGCUACGCAAGCCGGGUACACUAAGAUCAAUCUGACACAAUUGCUGAAAGCCACACCCAUAGCCACACUUGAGGAGAUCCUUAUCAAACAAUUUAAGGAUCCACAUGUUGCCGCAAGAACCCGAAAGAGACUUUAUGAUCUCAAGCGCAGCAAGUGGACAGGCACCAUGCAUAAUUUACAGUUGUUUGUCAGCAAACUUUUUGCUACUCCAGGACUGGAAAUGACUGCACAAUCAUGCUUGGAUGUUGUGAAAGGAUCCGACAAGUUGAAGGAACUCCGGAGACAGAUUGAUGAAAUGAUCGACAAGGGUUGGAUCAAGCCUAGUGGGUGCAAGGUCUUCUCCAAGAUCGAUCUCAAGUCUGGCUAUCACCAGAUUGAAAUCGAUCCUGCGGACCAGCACAAAACUGCGUUCAAAAUACGCGAUGGGCUUUACGAGUUUAACGUAAUGCUCUUCAGUCUCACAAACGCACCGACCACCUUUCAACGCCUCAUGGACAAGAUCCACCGUGAACAGAUUGGUCGGUUCGUGGUGGUAUACCUUGAUGAUAUACUGAUCUUCAACAAAUCCAAGGAGGAACACAUAAAGCACCUUGAGGAAGUGUUCACCAUCAUCAAGAAGAUGCAACUCCAUCUCAACUUAGAGAAAUCCGAGUUUGGGAGGUCGUCUAUCUUGGGCAUUGGUUGUCUGCUGCAGGCCUAGAGCCUGAGGCAACCAUGGUUGAGGUCAUACGCAAUUGGCCUCAGUCCGCGAACAUCCGCGAACUGCG